CCUUCCUUCCCACCUCACACGCACGCGUCGCCAGGCUGCAGCCAGCAUCGACGAGCCUCGCACCUCUCUCACCCUCUCACCCUCACAGCCGCCGCCGCAUCGGCUGCCCUCGCGCCUCCAGCAGCACCGCCACACGCGUCCUUGUCCUCCAACGCGCAGCAGCGCGUAGCCCCGCACCGCCGCUCCGUGCCCUUCGCCGCACCGCCGCUCCGUGCCCUUCGCCGCACCGCCGCUCCUCCGCAUUUCGCAGCACCGCAGCUGAGAGCACGGCUCUCCUUGAGCACCCUCGCACUCGACCAGCCCGCCUGCCGACGCGUCACGCCUGCUCCCGCACGCCAUGGCCACCGUGGCCCCACGCACGCGCGGCCCGACGCGCAGUCCGCAGCGCCAGACGGGCUUCUGCGUGCCCGCCGUGGCACAGACAGGCCUGUCUGGCAGCGCCGCGGACGGCGACACAGACAUGGACGACCAGAGUGGCGAGCAGCCGCGGCAGCAGCCCAUGGCCAUUCCCAAGCUGGCCGCCAGCCCGCCUGCAGGCGCCGCAUCGCUGCCGGCCAGCUCGCACUCGCCUGCCGAGCUGCCCACGCCGCCCGACGGCGUCAGCCUGGCCCCCGGCUCGCGCGGUCUCGCGGCGCCCGUGGGCGCGGCGCGUGCUGUGCCCAGCAAGCCCGGCACCACUCCCACACUCGGCUCCUUCUCUCACACGCCCGGCAGCGUGGGCGGCGCGUCAUCCUCGGGCGCCGGCUCCUGGGACGCUCGGCGCACCUCCGCGCAGCACCUCUUUGGCCUCUCUGCCUCGUCGCGCAGCAGUGCCGCCAGCAACAGUGGCGCCCGCCUGCAGCCCUAUCUCUCCACCUCGUACCGCACCAGCGCCGAGCGCGGCGGCGACAUUGACGACGAUGACGACGACGACGACUCUGUCACCGACGACAUGGAGAUGGACGAGGCAGACGACGUCUUUGGCUGGUCGCCGCGCGGCGUCUCGGGCGCCUCGCCCUCGGUCACUGGCGGCGCGGCCUCGGAGCGACUGCAGGCGACGCGCUACACGUCUGCGACGCCGGCACCUCUGGGCGAUGCCGACGACUCAGCAGGCGUGUUCAGCUUCUCCAGUCCCUGCUUCGAGGCGCGCAGCCUCGAGAAUGGCGACGGCGACGUGGACAGUCUGGCGCCUCCUACGCCGCCCUCGCCGCCGCUGCCGCCGUCGAAUGGCAGCGGUGCCUCGAGCGCAGCGCGGCUCUCGGCCAACGCCGCGCGCGCCCGUCGCCUCAUGAGUCCCGGAUGGACGGCCGCGACGCUCUCGCGCAUGACGCUCGGCAGUUCCGAGGUCUCGUCGUCUCCCAACGGCAGUGGUGCCGGCCCCUCGAGACCCUCGCGCCCACCGCUCAGUGGCUCGUCGGCCUCGGCAUUCGCUGUGCAGUCUCGCUCGCUGCCCUCCUCGGCCGGCGGUCCGCUUACGGCAGCGCAGCAAAGGCGUCUGAGCUUUGGUCGGCGUCCGCCACCGCCGCUGGCGAGCAACAGCUACUCGUACACGCAGGCCGCCAAUGGCAGUGCCUCGCCUGCCUCGUCCGGCCUCUACGUGUCGCGUGCGGCUGCCGCGUCGGCGUCUCGCUCGCGCUCGCGCUCGAGACAGCGAACCGUCAUGCCCGAGGGCACGCCGCGACUCUCAUCGUCUGCUGCCCUCGAGGGCGAGGUGGAUGACGACGAGACGGACGAUGAGAUGCUACUGGACGAUGCAGACGGCGGCGGAGGCGGCGCAUAUGGGCUUGCCAGCCAGGCCACGAUCCGAGGUCGUCGCGCGCCCAGUGUCGAUGCGUCACCCAACGGCAAUGGCGCCUCUGCGCUCUCUGCACGUCUCAUGCCGCCGCAUACGCCUCAGCAAGCAGCGCCGUGGACGCCGCAGCCGACCACGACGAUGUCUGCCUCCUUCGAGCGAGCGUACGCACACAUGGCGCCUGGCGGCUCGGCGCUCGCGCGCGGCUAUAGCUCGGAACGCCACCACUACAGCCACGGUCAUCAUGCGCCUAGUGCGGGCGCGCAUGCUCUCGCGCUCAGCAGGCAUCAUCCCUACGCGACCAGUCCGGGCGGCGCGGGCAGCCCAUUGACAGUCGGUGGCUUUGCAGCAUACUCGCCGAGCGGUGCGGCGGGUGCCAGACCCAUCAACCGACGAGGCAGCAGCCAGCAGCCCAGCUCUGCGGGCUUCGUAGGUACGCCGCCUGCCUCGUCGCUCGGCGCUGGCACGCCAGGCUCGAGUCUGUAUGGCGCAUCACCACGCAUCGUCAGCACGGGCACCGGACCGCCGCUAUAUGCCUUUGGCGAUGAGGCGUCGCGCGCCGCAGCAGUGGCAGGCGGUGCCUUCUCGCCUCCUGCCGCGGCUGCUACGAGCUCGACGCCCUCGCGCUCUCUCCUGUCCACGUCUGCCAGCUCGCGCGGCUCAGCAAACAGCAGCCAGCCCCGGCGCGCUGCUCGUAAGUCGCGCGGUGGCGCCGAGUCCGACGAUGAGAGCACGGCGCCCGAGACGGCCAGCACCACGCCAGCGACUGGCUCCUCGGUGCCUCGCAGCUCUGCACCUGUCGCCGCAUCCAACACGACGUCGGUGGCCGGCGAGAACCCGGAGAUGACGCAAGUCAACGCCAUCCGCGAGCGGCUCGGAGGCGCCGCCAACUGCAGUGCCUUCAUCUCGAAGCUCUGGUACCUCAUGUGCCACCCCGAGCUCUAUGCGCAGUACAUCCGCUGGAGCGAGGCGGGCGACUCGAUCAUUCUCUUCUCGGACACGGACGUGGCGAAUGAGUUUGCCGCCGAGGUGCUGCCGCGCCUCUUCAAGCACGGGAACAACGCCAGCUUUGUCCGACAGCUCAACCUGUACGGCUUCCAGCGCGUGCCCUCUUCUCGCCUUCUCGAUGCAGCCGAGCAGAAGGCAGCCAAGCGCCCCGGCGGGCUGCGCGGCGUCUCGGGCAUCUCGACGGCGCUGCAGCUCUACGGCCCGCACUCGUCGUUUGCGCAUCCGCGCUUCCUCAAGGACGAGGAGCAGCGCCUGCCGAGCAUGAAGCCGCGCUCCAGCAAGAAGCCAAAGAAGGGCGCUGCUGCUGCUGCGCCUGCGGCUGCUGUCGAGGCGGAUACGAGUGCCGUCGUCGAGUCGGACGAUGACGACGACUUGGCCCUGUGAACUCCUUUCGCGCUCGCCUUACCUUCCUUUCUCCGCUCCUGGAUACCCGUGCCUCUGCCACACGUGCCCGCCGCCCCGCUGUAUAUCCGCCUCCUCUCUCUGCAUCCAGUCACCUGUUCCGGCCCCACGCUGCUCCCUCUCUCUGCUUUCCCGAGCCUUCCAGCGUCCAGAGUGGCCCGGCAAUGACAGCAUCCUCACGAACAG